AUGCCCAUCAUCCGCAAUUUCACCCUCCCGGGCUCUGCACAGCUCCUCGAGCUGCCUGCGGCCCCUAGCGCCAAGCUCUUCCUUGCAUUCGUCUCCGGAGACGACCCCAUCACCAAACAAGCAUGGUGCCCUGACGUUCGUGCCGCGCUGCCGCACAUCGAUGCCGCGUUUACGGCGGCCGACGCGCCGACAGUAGCGAUUGUCCCCGUGGGACAGAAACCGGAAGAUCCCAAUAAUAUCUACCGCACGCAGUGGAAGGUCAACAAUGUUCCGGCACUGGUGCGUUAUCAGCUGGUCAACGGCCAUGUCUCGGAGGCCGGACGGUUGAUUGAGGCAGAGAUCUUGGAUAACGCGAAGCUACGGGCUUUCCUCGCUUGA